ACAAUUUACAAUUUAAGUUCACCAAUGUUCUUGUUUUUUUCUAUGAGUCCUUGAAAUAAUUCUUCUCUUAUUAUCAACUUGGAAAUUGCUACCUGAUGGUCGAUAUCAUAUUGGAUUGUUAUCUCAAACUUAUUUAAUCUAAACAAUGGCGUUUUUCGGUGAAAUGAAUCCUGUGUCACUCCUUAUGUCGACGGGAACUUCUGUUUGUUCACACGUUGGCAAUAGUUAUUGGAACCGGUAUAAAACCAGAAAAGAAGUUGAAACUUUCAAUCAACUAUCUUCGACCACACAACAACCACCAUCAUCACCAACACCACCACCACCAUCACCAUCACCAUUACCGACACCACCACUACUACUACUACAACAACAACCACCAUCGCCAUUACAACAACAACAACCACCACUGUCACCACCGUUACAGCAAAAACAUCAGCUAACGGAACCUCCUGUGGAAAAUUGUGCAACAAUUCUAACAGGGGAUACAAUUGUAAUUGCUGAAAAAACAACUCGUCGUCAGGUUUCUCCUAAAUCACCAUUGAUGAUCUUCAAUGAAUUGGUUAAGAAUACAAAAAUUCAGUUUCAAGAACAUCGAGGGGGUGCGAGUAAUCACAUUACUAGUUAUACCGCGAUGUUUGAAAUUGGCGGUAAAACAUACAUUGGAAAUCACAUAUCAAAACAACAGGCGAAACAGAAGGCCUGUGAAAGCUAUUUGAUGACAAUAUUUAAAGAUCAAAUAAAAAAUAAUAAAGGAUCUCCCGAGAUGGAAGUUGGAAAAAACAUUAGAGUGUCAAAAACAAAAACACCCCAUCAGAAAGAUUUUCCAUGGUCACAAUUUGCAUCAUUGGCCAGGCACAAUUUGAUAAAUCAACGGGAGGUUAAUCCUUCUAAUAAAACAGCUAAUUGCAUACCAGAAGAAUCAACAGCCAUCGAACCACAACUUAAGACAGGGGAUAUCAUUGAAAUUGUUUUGACUCGUCGUCAGGUUUCUCCUAAAUCACCAUUGAUGAUCUUCAAUGAAUUGGUUAAGAAUAUAAAAAUUCAGUUACAAGAACAUCAAGGGGGUGCGAGUAAACACACUACAGGUUAUACCGCGAUGUUUGAAAUUGGCGGUAAAACAUACAUUGGAAAUGACGUAUCAAAAAAACAGGCGAAGCAGAAGGCCUGUGAAAACUAUUUGAUGACAAUAUUUAAAGAUCAAAUAAAAAAAUAUAAAGGAUCUCCCGAGAUGGAAGUUGGAGAAAACACUAGAGAAUCAAAAACAAAAAUACCCCACCAGAAAGAUCUUCCAUGGUUACAAUUUGCAUCAUUGCAGGUCAUGCGCAACUAUAUAAAUCAAUGGGAAGUAGAGCCGGUUGUCACAAGAGCCUAAUAUGUGCAAGAUAGUAAGUGUUAUAGAUUUAUACAGGUGAUUCUUUUAUCAAACAACACUCAUUAUUUCCAAAAGUAUUCAUGUUUUUGAAAAUAUUUUUU